AUGCAGUUCAGGAAAUUAUGGCCUGUUAGCCUUGUUUUGGUGGAUUUGCCGUCUAGCGAGAUGCAGAAAUCGUGCAACCUGAUUCUAGAAGGAGCAGUCGAAUGUAGUGAAAAUCCAUCAACUUUACUGUGGAAUGCUAUAUUUGGAAAGAUCCGUUCUGAUGUAGAAGCUCACACUGGCAGAGUUGGAAUCAUUACUUACGAUUGCAAAAUCACUACGUGUUGUGCAGAUCAGCCGGCGAAAAGAUCCUUCUUUGGUAUGAAAGGACAUUCAUCUAAGGUCAUUGCACCUUACAAUACUCCGAUUGACAUUUUGCACAAUACCGGAGAAGGACUUUUUGAUCGUAUUCGGAAAGUAUAG